AUGCAUCUCUUUGUUAGAAUCAUCUGCUUUUCAAUUGUUCUAUUAUGGAUCAUCAUAGACACUAAUUCUACCGAGUUAGAUUCCGCUGUCGAAGUACAGAUCAAGUCGUUCUUACCAUUGAGCAAUGAUCUAUCAUCAUCGCAGAUGUGUUUACUAUCAAGUAGUAAGGUAAAUCGAAACUAUUCAAACAGCACGUUUACCUUACACGUUCAAAGUGGGUUUCGAAAGAACAAAUCGUUUGACAUUGUAACAAGUUUAAAUACAAGCAUAUAUGAGCUGAAAAAAAUCAUUGAGCAACGAUCCGGACUUCCAUGUGACCAACAAGAACUACAGUUCAUUUCGGAUGUUGAAUUCGCUUCGUAUCGAAAUGUACAAGACAAUCUGAAAUUAGGUGAUUACAUCAGCAAUCAAGAUCAUGUCUGUAAAUACGUUUUACGCGUUUAUCGACGAAGGAGAAAACCAAAGUUUGUCUUUAAUAUUCUUCCGAAUGUAACGCACUAUGAAUACGUUCGGAUGAGUUCGCAUGUUUAUCAACCUGAGGACCCGUUUCUACCUGGUUGGCAUGUGCGAAAACUUGAUUUUCCCAAUCGAAAUGGACUGUUCCUUGCUGCUUAUAUCAACGCUGAACGUCAUCAAUGUGUCAUAUCGGCUCGAGGAACCGAUCUGACAAAAGGCUUUCUUUUCAAUCCUAUCACUGAUCUACGUUUGUUAUUCACGAAUCAAGCGAUCGAUACGUUCGAUUCAGCUCGUACUAUGCUAUUUCACGAUGGAACUUUACAUUUGCCAUAUAGCAAUGACAGUUCAUAUGUUAUAUCUUUCACGGGACAUAGUUUAGGAGCAGCAUUAGCGGAAAGUCUUGCUUGUACUUAUAAAGGUUACGCGGUAACAUUCGAUUCGCCGGGAACACGGCACAUAUUACACAAUGAUCCAUCAUGUGAAAAGAAUAUCGAAGAUGGUUACAAUGUAACAGAACAUGUUCACACUUAUUUGGGUACGUAUGCGAAUAUAAUAAAUGUCGCCAAUCCUCAAUCUGGUCAGGUGAUUUAUCUGAAACAUUUCGGCGCUGGAGACGAUCCGAGAUCGAAUGAGUUUUUCUAUAUUUACUCUUCGGCAGCUGGUGUCUAUAUAGCUGCGUGUAUUUUUGCUAAUAUCGUUGAUAAAAGUAUGUUCCAACUAGGUCUGUGGUUUACGAUAGGAUUUUUCAUUAAAGAAUCUGCGAUUAUUUCUUUGCUACGCUACUCAUUUGACGUGAACUGGAACUAUUUGAUAAGUCAACUACCAUUCAUUGUUGUAAUUUAUCUCCUAUGCCGGGCAGUUAGUUCAUUGGCUGAUUCAAUCGAGCAACGAAUCGAUCAAAUAUGCACUUAUCUUUCAUUGAGAAAUAUGCCUCUGAUAAAUCGAUUUAUCAUCUUCAUCGAAACAAGAAUCAAAUUUAACGGAGUUGUUGGACGGUGUACGUUGUUGCUUAUGUACAUUGGUCUAGCGUUUCUUGUAUGUGUCGGUAUUCCAAUAUAUUGUUAUUCUCAAUGGUUAUUAUCGGCUCAUUCGAUAAACAAAUUUGUAGAUUCAUUCAAUCCGGAAAGUGGAAUGGUAUAUUACGAGGAAGUGGCUGAGCGGAUACUUUGGCCAACGUUGUCUGAAUAUAUUACAAAAAUAGCAUCAAGACAAUUUCUUCUGUUCUUAUUAAUCAUACAAAGUAUGAGGUUGAUCGCUUCAUAUAUGCUUCCUCAAUGUUUUCCUCAUCGUCUUCGAUUCAAUUUGUGUUUAAUAUUAUUUUCUGCCUUUUUCAAUGUCAAUUCGAUUAAAUACUUACUCUGCGGGUUUACUCUGUUUUUGAUCCUACUUUUUUUGACUGCUAGACAAGACAAGCAACGCUAUACACGGGAUUUAACAUGUGCUGUAUCCGGUUUAUUGGCUAUGAUUCAACUGAUGGAGGAGAGUCAUAAGAUUUAUUGCGAAGCCAUUGGUUGUUCAUCGUUAUUUUUGAUUCCGUUUAUCGGUAAACUUCGAUUGUUUUCUUCACGACUAUUGAAAUCAACACAAUUUUCUCAUGUUAAACUGGAAUAG